AGCAGAAAGGAUAUCUUUAAUCUUUAUUGCAAUGCACAACAUGAUAAAGUUACAAAAUUAAGUGAUACGAAGAGAAGAUACCAGUACGUACAAGUGAUGAUAUCAACGAAACUGCUGCUACAAAGCCUACCAGUAGAUCAAGCGGAGAAAAAUGAAUCGGAUGAAAGGGAAGGUGGUAGAAGAAGCGAGCGGAGCAAGAGCGAUAUCACCUCGCCGCGUCGCGUCGCGUGGUGUCGCGUCACCACGCGUCGUGAUUUCAAACGGCGGACCGGCGCGCGGCGCGGCGCGGCGCUUCUCCGACAUGCAGUCCGACGUGGCGGACGCGGCGUCGUGCCGCGCGCAUGGGAGCCUGUUACUAACCGCGCUAUUCGAUUCGAGCGCGUCGCUGUGACGUCAACGCCGGUAACCGGCGGCAAUUGGGCGAGCCGUGGCCGCGGUGUGGUCGCGCGCGGCGGCGGCAUUCAGCGGCAUUCCGGCCGCGACGGUACGCCGGAGACUUUGCUUGGAGCUGUUUCGACGCCGCUCACCGCUGUCUGCUUGUGACAGUCGAUCGCUGAC